AUGGAGAACACAGACGUCUUCUCAGGGGUACAUGAUUUCCUUGAGCGGAUGCGCAAACCCUCCGCGGCAGAUCUCGUCAAAUCCAUCAAAAGUUUCAUUGUAUCCUUCUCGAACAAUGCACCAGACCCUGAAAAAGACUGUGAUGCAGUUCAGGAGUUCUUUUCCAAAAUGGAGGUUGCUUUCAGGUCUCAUCCACUUUGGUCCGGUUGUUCCGAGGAGGAGUUGGACGGUGCAGUAGAUGGCCUAGAGAAGUAUGUCAUGACAAAGUUAUUUACUCGGGUAUUUGCAUCAAACACCGAGGAUGUUAUAGCUGAUGAGGCACUCUCUCAGAAGAUGUCAUUGGUUCAACAAUUUAUUUCUCCGGAAAACUUGGAUAUACAACCAACUUUUCAAAAUGAGACAUCAUGGCUGCUUGCUCAAAAAGAGCUCCAGAAGAUAAAUAUGUACAAAACUCCGCGUGAUAAACUUAUGUGUAUCCUUAGCUGCUGCAAAGUUAUAAAUAACUUACUCUUCAAUGCUUCAAUUUCUUCAAAUGAGAAUACACCUGGAGCUGACGAAUUUCUUCCUGUUCUGAUUUAUGUUACCAUUAAGGCUAACCCUCCACAGUUUCACUCAAACUUAUUGUACAUACAAAGGUACAGGCGCCAAUCUAAACUGGUGGGUGAAGCUGCCUACUUCUUCACAAACGUACUCUCUGCAGAGUCUUUCAUCUCAAAUAUUGAUGCAAAAUCCCUUUCGCUGGAUGAAGCUGACUUUGAGAAGAAAAUGGAAUCUGCACGGGCACGCCUUUCUGGUUUGGGAAGCCUGUCUUAUCAAACUGAUCACGGCGCUGCACCACCCCCUCGUGAUGAACCGAGGGAAAACACGCUUCUGCAUGCAAAGUCAUAUGACAGUCUUUCUGGGACCAGUGAGAUACUGAAUUCGAACAGUGAAAUACCAAUAAAGAAAGCUGAAUCCAUUUCGGAUUUGAAAAGCAAGGGUGCUGCUGCGCUUUUGGAUGAUAGCAACGAGGCAAGCAACAUCUUUCGAGAAUAUCCAUAUAUAUUUGCCAGUGCGGGUGAUUUAAGGAUAGGAGAUGUUGAAGGCUUGCUAAAUAGUUAUAAACAGCUCGUUUUGAAAUAUGUUUGCCUCUCCAAAGGCUUGGGUGAUGCAACAACAUCUUUAGCUCCAUCCAUUUUACCUUUGCAAGCGUCUAAGGAAUCUGAGGAUCAUACAACAUUGUCUUCAGAUGUUCAAACGAAAAGCGAAACUGACAGAAGCGUCGAUGAUCUGAUCCGAGCUCUACAAGGUGAGGGAGACAAUGUUCAUAAGCUUUCAGAUGUAAAACAAGAAGAAUACAGCGAAACUUUUGUACAAGGAAGGGAUGAAAAACUUGAUCCCAAGCUUCAAGAAGAAGCUGAUACCGAAGACACUGAUUCGACAAAGAAAAGUGCAGAGAGAGAGGGUGAUAGUUCUAGUUCCCAAUCUGCAGAAGAUUCAAAAUGA